UCUCUCUGUCUCCCUCUCCCUCUCCCUCUCUCUCUCUCUUUCUACAUCCAUCCCAAAUGAGAAGCGAGAGUGGACAUUGAUACAAGUAGAUAUACAUUUCAUUCCACUUUCAAUUGCUGAAUUGCUGAUUUAAGGGAAAAAAACAUAUUCUGAAUUUCUUCUGUCGAGGAACGGAAAUCACAACACCUCCCGCUUUCUAUUUCUUCCACCAUCCCAGUCAUUUGGCUGAAGCCAUGCCCUGUAUUCAGGCUCAGUAUGGGUCUUCACCACAAGGAGCUAGUCCUGCGUCUCAGAACUACAGCUACCACAGUGGGGAAUAUAGCUCUGACUUCCUAACGCCAGAGUUCGUCAAGUUCAGUAUGGAUCUCACCAACACCGAAAUCACAGCCACCACGUCCCUGCCAAGUUUCAGCACCUUCAUGGAAAACUACAGCAACAAUUACGAUGUCAAACCCCCCUGUCUGUACCAGAUGCCACUGUCCGGCCAACAGUCCUCCAUCAAGAUCGAGGACAUGCAGAUGCAUGGCUAUCACCAACAGAGCCACCUACAGCACCCAUCAGAGGAGAUGCUCUCUCACUCCGGCUCCAUGUACUACAAGCCAUCCCCACCGCCCACCCCAACAACUCCCAACUUCCAGCUCCAACACAGCCCCAUGUGGGACGACCCCAGUUCCCUGCACAGCUUCGCCCCAAACUAUGUGGCCACCACCCACAUGAUAGACCAGCGCAAGAACCCUGUCUCUGUCUCCAGACUCUCUCUUUUCUCCUUCAAGCAGUCUCCUCCCGGCACCCCGGUGUCCAGCUGUCAGAUGAGGUUUGACAGCCCUCUGCACGGACAUCACCUGAACCCAGAGACAGGAGGUGCCCCCCAUCACGUGUUGGACAACCAGAACUUCGCUGUCCCCAACCCCAUCAGGAAACAGGCUGCCAUGGGCUUCCCUGGUCUGCAGAUUAGUCACGGCCAUGGCCACGGCUCUCAACUGAUGGACAGUCAAGUGCCAUCACCUCCAUCUCGAAACUCUCCAUCCAAUGAGGGUCUGUGUGCAGUUUGUGGAGACAACGCCGCCUGUCAACACUAUGGAGUGCGCACUUGCGAGGGCUGUAAAGGCUUCUUCAAGCGGACGGUCCAGAAAAACGCCAAAUACGUUUGUUUAGCAAAUAAAAACUGUCCAGUCGACAAACGCCGCCGGAACAGGUGCCAAUACUGUCGUUUUCAGAAGUGCCUUGUGGUUGGGAUGGUGAAAGAAGUUGUCCGCACAGACAGCCUCAAGGGUCGCAGGGGACGACUCCCGUCUAAACCCAAAAGCCCCCAAGAACCAUCUCCACCUUCUCCUCCAGUCAGUCUCAUCACAGCCCUGGUCAGAGCGCACGUUGACUCCAACCCUGCCAUGUCCAACCUCGAUUACUCCAGGUUCCAAGCCAACACCGAGUACCAGUUGAGUGGUGGGGAUACAGAACACAUCCAACAGUUCUAUGAUCUCCUCACUGGCUCCAUGGAAAUUAUUCGGGGUUGGGCUGAAAAAAUUCCUGGUUUCGCCGACCUGCAAAAGGAAGACCAAGACUUGCUCUUUGAAUCCGCUUUUCUGGAACUGUUUGUUCUGAGGCUGGCAUACCGGUCCAACCCAGUGGAAGGCAAACUGAUCUUCUGCAAUGGAGUAGUUCUGCACAGGUUGCAGUGCGUGCGUGGCUUUGGGGAAUGGAUAGAUUCUAUCAUUGACUUCUCCUCCAACCUCCACAGUAUGAACAUAGACAUAUCUUCCUUCUCCUGCAUUGCUGCCCUCGCCAUGGUAACAGAGAGACACGGGCUGAAGGAACCCAAGAAAGUGGAAGAACUGCAAAACAAAAUCGUGAACUGUCUCAAGGACCAUGUAACUUUCAACAGCGGGAACUUGAACCGUUCCAACUACUUGUCCAAACUUUUGGGGAAAUUGCCAGAACUUCGCACUCUGUGCACACAAGGUCUCCAACGCAUCUUCUACCUAAAACUGGAAGACCUGGUGCCUCCACCCACAAUAAUCGAUAAGCUCUUCCUAGAUACACUGCCCUUCUGAGAAGCAAAGACCCCAAAGGCACUUGAGAAGUGACACAGAAACUAAUCCGAAAGGAUGUUCAACUCCUCAGAACGCAACAGAGAGAGAGAGAGAGAGAGUGAGAGAGAGAGACAGACAGACAGAGAGAGAGAGAGAGACACAGAGAGAGAGAAAGACUCGUCUCCAGUCAAAUGGAACUUCGGUACCAAACGCAAAACAUUUGCAAAACAAAACAAAAACAAAAAAAAAAGCCUGAAAACUUUUUUUUUUUCGCGUUUGGCGAGAACUUUGUCUUGACAACUCGGUUACUGACUGGCAAGGAUUCACAGCAAAUAAACUGCAACAACGUGGUAUAUACAGUUUUUUUCAUUACCUAUUUUGAUUUUUUUUUAAUUGUUGUUGUUGUUGACGAGAUGAAGGUUUUCUCCCCCGAAUAUUGGGUGGGAUAAAUGCGUCACUUGUGGUUCAACCUUUUUGAUAGAAAUUCACAUCGAAGCAGUGUUAUAAAAUGGAUUGUACCCUCAGCCAAGUUUAUGGUCUAAAGCAAAUCUGCUCUGUAGUAUAUAUAAUAAAGAGAAUUAACGUUGUACAAAUUACUGCAAGUGUAUGAAGAGACAUGCGUCCAGGCGUUACUAUUAUUACUAUUAUUAUUAUUAUUGAAAAGGGUG